AGGGCGCGUCCGAAAGCAACAGUUGAGGUAGAAAGGUGUUUUAUGGUGUUUGGUAGUAUAGAAUAUUUAUCACAGAAUACCGAUUUUUAACUUUUUCAACUUGACUAUAAGUUUUUAUUAUAAUUAUUAUAGCCGCUCAUGAUCAUAUUUUACUUUUGGGUUGAUUUUUUAUUUUUGAAACCCGGUGUUCUGUAAUUUUGUAUUUUAGUUGAAAUAGUUGCCGCUAGUCGCAUCUCGCAAGAGCAACGUCACAAGCGCAACGAACAAGGCAACAUCAGCAUCGACAUCAGCUUAUUUUCAAAGUCAAUAUCAAAAGUCAUCAUCACUGUCAUUAUCAUUCUUUCGUAAUAAUAUUCCUUACGUCGACCUUCCAGGUUCAGUCUUUCCGGUUGAGAAUUGUUUAUUCUAUCUAGAACAUUCUAGAAAUUCUUAUUGCAUUAAAUAAGCUCGUAGUCUGUGAUAUCUCAGCACUUUAAUUUUGAAUAAGUUACAUUUUUCAAGUGAAUUUUAACGUUAAUUUUUAUUUAAUCAUGCCGGUUAAAGCAGUCUGUGUUUUAAAUGGCGAGACAGUCAAAGGAGCUGUAUUUUUCGAGCAAGAUGCACCCGAAUCGGCCGUCAAAGUCAGCGGUGAAAUUAGUGGACUUGGAAAAGGUUUACACGGAUUCCACAUUCAUGAAUAUGGAGACAACACAAAUGGUUGCACAAGUGCAGGGCCCCACUUCAACCCUCACGGCAAGGAGCACGGAAGUCCCAGCGACUCGGUGAGGCAUGCUGGUGACCUUGGCAACAUCACAGCUGCUGACAAUGGAGUGGCCAAGGUGUCCAUUGAAGACAAAUGCAUCUCGCUGCAGGGCCCACUCAGCAUCAUUGGCAGAACUCUUGUGGUGCACGCUGACCCCGAUGACCUUGGCAAGGGUGGUCACGAACUGAGCAAGAGCACUGGCAAUGCCGGCGCCCGCGUCGCCUGUGGCGUCGUAGGCAUCACUAAGGCUUGAACAUUCCCCUAUCUUCAUUAAACAACAUAGAUUAUUUUGUUAUUUGUCAACAAGAUCAAAUAUGUCUAUUUUCUGUAAUAGCUACUAUCAAAUUGAGUACACCUCACAAUGUCCCUAAUUUAUGUCACUGUGGUAAAUGGUAUUGAAUGCAAUAAAAUUGUGAGAAAUUAGAA